CAGGCUUUCUACCACAAUGGCGUGAAAUGCUGUCACUUUGCAGCACACAUUGGUGCCAAUACCUUUGUACCUCGUUAAUCACUGAAAGAGUAUCUUUAUCAUGUCUGGAGGCAAACCUCACCAGGAAUUUAUCGAGUGUGUUGACCCUAAAACCAACCUCAAGCCUGUGCCUCGCAUCACUGGUACUGUGAAUUUGAUUGAAGAUGGAAGAAUUAUUUUGAUACCGCAGCCGACUGCUGAUCCCCGGGACCCUCUAAAUCUCCCUGAAUGGCAUAAAUGGCUUAUUCUCAUCGUCGUUGCCCUAUGUACGUGAGAACUCUAUCUUUCAUAACGAGGGGGAACAUAUCAUUCUACAGCAUCGAUCAACUCAUCUCUAUGUGGCAGACGCUAUGACAGGUAACUUGCUCGCCAGUGGAAUUGGUGUUCUGGUUCCUCAGCUGAACGAAGUUUACAACAAUGACCCCCACGUCGAUGAUCUGGUGACCUGGCCUUCUUUCUACAUGGGACUGGGCAAUCUCAUUGCUAUGCCUAUCGCGGAUGCUAUUGGACGUCGUCCUGUUUAUCUAGCCUCGAAUAUCAUCUUGAUCGCAGGCAGCAUCUGGUGCGCUUGCUCGGGCAGCCUCAACUCCCACAUUGGUGGCCGUGACUUUAUGGCCUUGGCAGCAGGUCAAAGUGAAGCAUUGUGUGUACUUAUCGCUGAAGAAACGUUCUUCUUGCACCAGCGUGGCAACCGUAUUGCGUGGUUCUGCUCCCUACAAACCCUUGGCACUGCUCUUUUUAUCAUCGCUAGCUCCUAUAUCAGCACCGACAUUGGGUGGCGCUGGUGGUAUGGAAUCUUUGCGAUAGUCACUGGGCUUACGCUCCUCCUCUCAAUCCUCUUCGUUGUUGAAACGAAGUACGACAGGCCAUUAGAGAGCUUCUUCGGCGAUAGCGAUAGCGCUGCCGACGGUAAAGUGGCUGCAUCCGACAGACGCCAUCUGGAUUUUGUAAACUUCAAAGCCCGAUCAUUUUGGGAAGACCUCAAGCCAUGGGGAGCAAUCCAGCCCCGCUGGAAAGAUAUCCCAAAAUUUUGGUACCACCUUGGACAACUGACUUUGUUUCCCGGAGUGUUCUGGCUCGUCUUGUGCAGUGGUGCACUGCUCGGCACAUAUAUCCUGAUGAGCGCAGUCUUUGCUCAAGUCUUGGUCGCACCCCCAUAUAACUUCAACCCAGACUAUCUGGGCUUUGUUAUGGGAGGGCAAGCAGUCGUUGCGUUUGUUGUCCAGCCAAUUGCGGGUUAUGGCAGUGACAUGGUCCUGACGUAUCUUACAAAAAGGAACAAUGGCGUCAGCGAGCCCGAGUACCGACUUAUUCCCGCUAUUCUCCCCGCCGCAGUCGCCGUCGUCUCAUGCGUGAUCUUCGGCCGCUCAUGCCAGUACCCCGAGGACUGGGCAUGGGCAGGUGUAGUUGUUCCUAUGAAUGCACUGUUCUACAGUUUUGUCAGCGUCGUUGUACUCGGAUUCGUCUAUACCAUGGACUGCUAUCCACAGCGAGGUCAUGUUGCCAUGGUCGCGCUGUGUGCUGGUAGAGGCUUUAUUAGUUUCGGUAUUUCUUUUGGCACUACGGCGUUCGUGCGGACUUCUGGGUAUAAGGGUGCAUUGGAUAUAUGUGCCAUAGUACUUGGUGUUCUGGCAAGCUUUGGCUUCGUGACAUAUUUCUUCGGCAAGAGCUUUCGGAAGUUUACGCAGCGGUGGGCUGUGGAUGAAUGAUUGUGUCUUAGAUGGACGACUCAAGGAAUUGACUCAAGUGUUUGGCCUGGGGUGUGGUACUGUGGAUAUUGUGCCUGGGCUCGUGUUGGUCGAAUAGAAAGGGAGAAUGUAAGGGGUCUACAGCAUGCGAUGGAUGGGGAUUUCGGUAUAGCUCUUGGCUAAAUUAUAUAG